ACCAAUACGCGACUGGAUAAAAUGCUAAAAAAAUAUGUAAGACAGUGCUUACGUAUUGUCUGUUACAUUAACACAAUUGAAUAAUGUUGAGGAUACCACAUAUUCCUGUAAGGUUAGUAAGUUCCAGAAGUAUUGGUUACAGUAUUAGAAGUAGAAGUUUUUCAACUUCUAUACUUUUAAGCAAUAUCACUAAACCUCAAUUCUCACUGGAAGAUUUGGAAACUGCAAGAGUAACUAGAUUAGCAGGUCUUAAAUGGUUAACUAAAUUACCUGAAAAAUGGAUACCUUAUGCUGAAUUAAUGAGAUUAGAAAAACCUGCUGGUUCACUUUUAUUAUUAAUUCCUUCCUUAUGGGGAAUAACUAUGGCAGCUUAUUCAACUACUGCUUCAUUAACUACAACCCUUUCAGCAAUGGGAUUAUUUUCAGUAGGAGCUAUAAUUAUGAGAGGAGCAGGUUGUACAAUAAAUGAUAUUUUAGAUAGAAAUUUAGAUAAUCAAGUUGCACGUACUAUGGAAAGACCCAUUACUAGUGGUAGAGUUAAAGUACCUCAAGCAGUAGGUUGGUUAGGAAUUCAAUGUUUUGCUGGUUUAGGAGUAUUAUUAUCUUUACCAGCAGAAUGUUUUUAUUUAGGGGCUUUAUCAUUACCUUUUAUUGCAACUUAUCCAUUAUUUAAAAGAUUUACUUAUUACCCUCAAGCUUGGUUAUCUAUUUGUUAUUCUUGGGGUUGUUUAUUAGGUUUCCCAGCUGUAGGUGCCCCAUUAAAUCUUUUAGUGGCAGUACCAUUAUUCAUUUCUAAUUGGAUAUGGUGUGUAACUUAUGAUACUAUAUAUGCUCAUCAAGAUAAAUUAUAUGAUAUUCAUGCGGGAAUAAAAUCAACAGCAUUAGCUUGGGGAGAAAAUACUAAACCAAUCUUGAGAAAAUUAACAUAUGCUCAAGCUGGUUGUUAUUAUUUUGCUGGAAUAAUGAAUUCAAUGGGUCCAGGAUUUUAUAUAAGUGGAACUUAUGCAUUAUGGAGAUUAUAUAAUAUAAUUAGAGAUGUUGAUCUUGAUGAUCAAAAGAGUUGUUGGAAAGCUUUUACUUCUAAUAUUACUACUGGAUUCAUAUUCUGGUAUGGUAUGGUAUUCGAUUACUUAUUAGUUCUUUUAGGUUUCCUUUAGAUUAAGAUUAAGAUCAAAAUAGAUUU